CCAAUACACGUGCAAAUAAAAUAGAUUAAAAUGAAAGACAAACCGGAAAAAAGGGAAUCGAUUGCUAUAUAAGCGCGCACUUUCCGCAAAGAAUUAUACUUCAUCGCAGAGACAAGUUUCGCAGACAUGAAAGGCUUUAGCUUAAUUGCCCUCUUUGGAAUAGUUACACUCGUUGUGAGCCCAAUGGCUUUGGCAAAUAAUGGGGAUCCCAGCACGCCAGAGCCCCCUCAAGUGGAUCCGAUUGAAUCAACAGAGCGACCUAUUUCGGAUGAAUCAACGGCAGAAGACUCCACUCCAGCGAUUGAAACCACCACAGAAGAGCCCACAACCGAAGAUUCAACCACAGAGGAGCCAACCACGACACAGAUACCACCAGUUCUUUGUGACGAAAAUGAAAAUUUCCUUCCGGCGUCCGACUGUCGCGAAUAUCACCAAUGCCUCAAUGGCGUGGGAGUCCUUAAAAGGUGUCCCGAGAACCUCUAUUGGGAUCCCACUUUGAAUGUGUGUGGCUGGAGUACUCAGUAUUGCAUCAGCGGGGAAAUCACUACGACUACAUCAGCACCGGGCGGUUUGUCCUGUGCAUCUGGAGUCCCAUAUCUGCCCUAUCUUCCCGAUUGCAACAAAUACAUCCAGUGUGUCUACAAUAUAGGAUUCAAGCAAAGCUGCCCACCUGGACUAUACUGGAACCAACCUCUCGAACGCUGUGACUACACCUGUGACAGCAGUGUCUAGACUCUACUCUGUCGUAAAAGGGUGCAAUGUACGCCUUAUUUAGGAAGCAAUUUUAACAACAAAAAAAAAAUUAAAAAAUAAACGCAAUAUUGCAACACAAAA